UUCCGGAAACACGCAGAGUGAGACUUCCUCCUGUCACUGGGAUCUCUGCUGCUUUAGCAAACGUGGCCUUCCGGAGACCCAUCAGGACCCUGGACCCGGCAGAACCCAGCAGCAGAACCUGGUAGAUGAAUGAGAACCUSACAGCUUCAGCUUCCUUCACCAACCCGACCGUCUGUUGUUUUCCGGCCCCGGCAGCCCCCCAAAGCCCCUCUGAAGAACCGCCAUGUCUGAGACAGAACCGGUCCCGGUCCCGGCCCCCGAGGCCUCCGUUCUGGACGCCCUGAACGCCACGGACUCSAACGGGACCGAGGCUCUGAACGCGACCGUUAAGUUCGUGGCCACCCCGGAGGGCACGGCGCUGGCGUACGGCAGCCUGGUGCUCAUGGCCCUGCUGCCCAUCUUCUUCGGAGCCCUGCGGUCCGUCACCUGCUCCAAGUCCAAGGAGCUCGGAGAAAAUGAUUACGAUUCUGGGUUCAGAAACUCGGCGGACGCUCCGGAGACCAUCACCAGCCGGGACGCCGCCCGCUUCCCCAUCAUCGCCAGCUGCACUCUGUUUGGGCUCUACCUGUUUUUCAAGGUGUUUUCUCAGGAAUACAUCAACCUGCUGCUGUCUGUUUACUUCUUCGUGCUGGGAGUCCUGGCUCUGUCCCACACCAUGAGUCCUCUGAUGUCCAGGAUAUUUCCAGUCUCGUUCCCGAACAAACAGUAUCAGCUGCUCUUCACCCAGGGCUCCGGGGAGUCCAAAGAAGAAAUCAUAAAUUAUGAGUUCGACACCAAGACGCUGGUGUGUCUGCUGAUCAGCAGCGUGGUGGGGGUCUGGUACCUGCUGAAAAAGCACUGGAUAGCCAACAACCUGUUCGGCCUGGCGUUCGCCCUGAACGGCGUGGAGCUGCUGCACCUCAACAACGUCAGCACCGGCUGCAUCCUGCUGGGGGGGCUGUUCGUCUACGACGUCUUCUGGGUGUUUGGGACUAACGUCAUGGUAACGGUGGCAAAGUCAUUUGAAGCUCCAAUCAAACCCUAAAGAAGAACAGCAGGAUGUAUUUCUACUCCAGUUUCUUGGCCUACAUCUUUGGACUGGGCCUGACCAUUUUCGUCAUGCACACCUUCAAACAUGCCCAGCCCGCUCUGCUCUACCUGGUUCCUGCCUGCAUCGGCUUCCCCGUCGUCGUCGCACUCGUCAAAGGAGAACUCACCGAGAUGUUCAGGUAUGAAGAGUCUUCUGAGGAGGCGGAGUCUAAAGAAGACUCAUCAGACUCUGAGAAAAAGGACCAAUAACAUCCAUCACUGCUCCCCCCACCUCCACAUUUCACUGAAGCUCCUCCCCCCUCACCUCUCAAGCUUCCUGUUUGUUGACAGAGGAACAGGGGGGUGGGGUUUAUGUUGCCAAUGUGUUUGUCUCUGGUAACCAUGGGAACUGCAGAUGGUCUCCAUGGUUACGGCUGCUGUCAAACUGCCGGUGUUGGUGUUUGUUGCGACUUGGUGCCUACAUGGCUCCUCCCCUUUCUUCACUCACACAGAAACAGAGCUGCUGCAGGGGGCGGGGCCAGAAUAAACAGGCUUCAGUGGUGGGCGUGACCAAAGGUAGCACGAUGUUCUUGUGUGUUUGCACCUGUUGGCCCAGGUAAACCAGGAAGCUGUUAGAUCUGCUGCUGAGCAGAGACCAGAACCACAUCCUGAGCUCACCUUCAGAUCAGCAUCAUCCAGGUGUGGCUCCUGGUCUCUGUCGACAUGGUCCAGGUGUGGCUCCUGGUCUCUGUCGACAUGGUCCAGGUGUGGCUCCUGGUCUCUGUCGACAUGGUCCAGGUGUGGCUCCUGGUCUCUGUCGACAUGGUCCAGGUGUGGCUCCUGGUCUCUGUCGACAUGGUCCAGGUGUGGCUCCUGGUCUGUGUAAACAUGGUCCAGGUGUGGCUCCUGGUCUGUGUAAAUAUGGUCCAGGUGUGACUCCUGGUCUGUGUAAACACGGUCCAGGUGUGGCUCCUGGCCUGUGUAAAUAUGGUCCAGGUGUGACUCCUGGUCUGUGUAAACAUGGUCCAUGUGUGGCUCCUGGUCUGUGUAAACACGGUCCAGGUGUGGCUCCUGGUCUGUGUAAAUAUGGUCCAUGUGUGGCUCCUGGUCUGUGUAAACAUGAUCCAGGUGUGACUCCUGGUCUCUGUCGACAUGGUCCAUGUGUGGCUCCUGGUCUGUGUAAACAUGGUCCAGGUGUGGCUCCUGGUCUCUGUCGACAUGGUCCAUGUGUGGCUCCUGGUCUGUGCAAACAUGAUCCAGGUGUGACUCCUGGUCUCUGUCGAUAUGGUCCAUGUGUGGCUCCUGGUCUCUGUAAACAUGGUCCAGGUGUGGCUCCUGGUCUGUGUAAAUAUGGUCCAGGUGUGGCUCCUGGUCUGUGUAAAUAUGGUCCAGGUGUGGCUCCUGGUCUCUGUAAACACGGUCCAGGUGUGGCUCCUGGUCUUCAGGUGUGUCUGCCUCCUGGUUUAUCAGCCUCUUCUCUGCCUUCUGCUUUGUUGCGUCAUUUUGUCGUCUCACUUUUAUUUCUGCUGUUUUUGUUUUGUUUUGUUUUUAAAGCCAGACCUUUAAAAAUUAAAACAUCUGACUAGAAGGUUUUGAUUAAGUUUGUUGUUUUUCUUUUAAACAUCUGGUGAUUCUUAAAAUGUGAAGUUAACGGUUUAUUCUGGUCACUGCUGAGUCCUCUGAAAAAAGUCACUUUUGACACUUUUGUUUCAUUUAUAAGUUAAACUAGUUUUCAUUUAAAAGACAGAAUUAAUAAAUUUACAGCAGAGGAGUCAGUUUAUUUCUGUAAAGUUAUUUAUUUCAUCAAGUUCAGUGAAUAAAUCUGUAAAAAUAUGUAGGAAUAAAAAAUAUUAGCUUUAUAUUCAAAGUAUUACUUUUUUGGCUAAAACAAAUUGAUUAAUUAGAUCAGGACUGAAACCUGGAUCAGGACUGGAACCUGGAUCAGGACUGAAACCUGGAUCAGGACUGGAACCUGGAUCAGGUGUGUCUGAGAAAAAUGAAGUAGAUGAACUUCAGGGACCAAAACUUUUCUCCACUUUCAUCUUUUUCUGCAGAAGACAAUAAAAAUAACAGUUUUCUCCGGUUCCAAUCUUAAAUUUCUGGCCACCUUUCACUCUGGGGGAGGAGCAACGAUGGGGGAGGAGCUAGACUGAAACUCCUCCUCCUACUCGUGUCUCAUUGGUGAACAGACUGUGGGGAGGGGCCAAAAAUAUCCUCGUCCAAUUGGCUGUGAGAUUCAAAAAUUAAAGGGAUUUUUAAAUCAGCUUUUUAAAGCUGCUUCUGAUCAACAGAAAACUGUUUAAAUGUUGAUUUAUUUGUUUAGUUUCUCGUUUAUUUUAAGAUUAUUUAAAGUGUUUUAAAUAAAACCAUUUACAAAGACUUUAGACCUUAUAUAGACUGAAAUGUUUGAAUUCAGAUUAUUUUUUGUUAAAGAACUGAUUGAUCAGCAGCACAAAGCUAACCCUUCGUUCAAACUACAGCUCCCACAAUGCACUGCUCCCAGGUUUCUCUCUGUGUUAAACUGGUUCCAUGUUCAGAAAGCGUUUAAAACAUAAGUUUGGUUUUUAUCAGAUAACCUGGACUCAGUAAUAUCAUUUACUUAAUUAUGGAUGUGGGUGUUUUAUGGGGAGGUGCAGAGUUUUUGUAUUUUGAUGUAAAACAAUUAAAAAGUUGUUCAUAUUCAGCCCAGUAAAGUUCAGUAGCUCCUUGUUUUAAACUCGAUGUAUGUGAAAUGUUUUUGUUUUCUCUCUGGUUGUUUGUGAGUUCGGUCUUUUUGCCUCCUCGACUGUAUCUGUUUUAUUUGCAAUAAACCUUUUGGUGUUUGGAUCACCGUUUAGAGAAGCA